AUGAAACUCUAUCAUUUUAACUUUGAGACCACGUCAUAUAAAUUUGUGGAAACUCGAUAUGCUAUACUGAACUCGGAAUCAGCACCAGCAACAACCAUGACAAUUCCUUUUACUUUCUCUCCUUCGAGCACUGUGGGUAGUCUUCGGGUGGGCUUAACUAGUCCACCACAUUUGCAACCUCAAUCCUCAAAUUGCCCCUCAAAUCCUUCAGCGGCAAUAGCCGCUACUUUGCCGCCGCAGUCGUCGUCCCCUCCAACCAUUACUUCAGCGGUAGGCAGCACUUCCUCCCGGUUUUUGGCUCAGAGUGAACCAAUUCAAACGGUUCCAGAGAGGACAAACUCUGUUCAGGGUUCUCGUCGGCGAAAAGCCACCACUCCUCCCUCCUUAGACGGCACUGUGGUGGUGACUGGUGUGUGCGUUAGUGCGUCUCCCUUUCACCUAUUUGAUGACUCAUGUCACAGUCGUGGCUCCAAGACUCCGGCUAUGGCCGCGACUAAUAGAGGCAGACGAUCCUCUCAUCCGUGGGCGCAUGCUCGCACAUCUCACACAUUCACCAAUGAGCAUCCACCCGCCUUCUACUCACGCACAUCUCCAUGA